AACAGAGAGUGUUUGUCUCUCAAGUUAAGCCUAAACACUGACAAAAAAAUGUAGUUAUCAAGGGAUUAAAAAUCCUAAACUUUUUCUUUGAUAUUUAGUAAAGAGAGUGGGGUAUCUCCUGUUUUGGCUGGCAUAUGUACAGUCCAAGCAAUUGGCGUAAACCUCAUUUGGGAUUCCUGCUUGUUUGAGCAUGGCGGAGAUUGGAGUUCACAGAAUCCUCGUUUUGGUUAUUUCUCUGACAAAGUGUCUGGAAGGCACAAAACUGCUGGCCAACUUUAAAAAAUGUGCUGACGUGGAAUGUGAAACUCUAAUAAGCAGAGUUUUAGCCAUGAGAGAUUACAGAGGACCUGACUGCCUAUACCUGAACUUCACCAAGGGAGAAGAAAUAUCUGUUUAUGUUAAACUUGCAGGAGAAAGGGAAGAUUUGUGGGCAGGAAGUAAAGGAAAGGACUUUGGAUAUUUCCCCAGAGAUGCAGUCCAGAUUGAAGAGGUGUUUAUACCUGAGGAAAUUCAAAUACCAACCAAAGAAUCUGAUUUUCUUUGUCUUCUUGGAGUAAGCUAUGCAUUUGAAAAUGAAGAUAGUGAGUUAAAUAGUGAUGGUGGUGAAAAUAUAUACCCACAUGAAGAUGAUAAAAACCAAAAAUCUAGUGUAUAUAACAAUGAUUUUCAGAGAGAACCUGGAUUUUAUUCCGUUUCUGAAAGUACUUGUUAUGAAGACCAGUUUCCAUCAUCAGAGGCUCCUGAUGAUAUCAGAAAAACUAGUAACUCAAAAAAUUGGGAAGGAGUAGAAGCUGGAAGUGUGAAACAGGAUCCUAUUCCAGAAGUGGAUUAUGUCCCGCCGUCCACAGCUGUGCCUGAAGUGAAAGGAUGGUUUGGAUUCAGAAGGGAACAAGCAGAAGAGAUCACUUUUGAAUCAGUUAUUGAACAAGAAAGCUCAUUUCAAAGUAGAAAAAUAGCAGUAGAAGACGAGAAAGACCUAGAGAAAUUAAAUAAUGGUGGGCCUCAAACAGAACAUAAACAAGAACAUGAAUCAGAACUCAGUUCAGUGCCAAAGAAACAGUCCAGAGCAUCUGAGUCAGAGCACAUUCUCAAUCCUCAAGCAACUAGUUGGUUUGGCGGUAGAUUUACAAGUUAUUUAGGUUUUGGAGGUGAGGAAACAAGGCCUGAAUUAUUGUCCCAAGAAAGCAAUCUACCACUACAAGAUGUUCCUACUUCCAUAUCAUCUGAAGAAGAACCCACCGUUCCAUGUACAGAAAUAUUAUCAGAGAAAGAAGACACAGUUACUAACAAUAGCUCAAUUAUUGAACCAAGUUGGUUUGAUUUUGGUUUUAGUAUGCUAGGCUUUGCAUAUGCCAAUGAAGAUAAAACUAUGACUUAUAGUGAAAAGAAAGAAGAAGGAGGUAAAGGAGAGAAACAUGAACAUCCUCCAACAAGUGAAUUUGACCCUGAUAAGAAACAAAAAAUCAAAAUAAUAAAAAUUAUGGAAACUGAAGAUCAAUUAGGCAAGGAAGGAAUUUUAGAGAAAACAGAUGAUUCUGAUACCUUACCAUAUUUUAAACAUUUCUUGCAUAAUUUUGACAACCCUUGGGACUUUCAGAACGAUGAAAAUAAUGUAUUUGAAAAUGAUGAAAGAGAAGAAUUUUCAUUUGAAAAUGAUCCCACAGCUAAUACAAAACUUAUGAUGUUAAAAAGAAGAUACAGCCAGUCAGAUAUGAUCUCUAAAUUAGAGUUACCUAUGGGAAUUCAUGAAGAUUUACACUUCAAAACUCCAUCAUCUAAAAAUAAUUAUGAAAAAUCAAAAACAUCACUAGAUACUGAAGGGCCUACUUGGGAGGAAAUAGACACCUUUGUGGAAAGUACCCUGCCAGUCAGUCAGAUGUUUCCAGCCGAUUACUCUUUGUCUUCUCAACUUGACGUUGUUCAAAAAGAAGAUGCUUCCGAGGGUCACAUUCUGAAAUUUUUAUUUCAAUUCAUGAAUUUGGCAUUUUCACCAAUUGCAAUUCUUACAGAAAGGGUUGUGGCAGCAUUGCCUGAAGAUAUGAGAGAAGGUUCUAAUCCCUAUGGUUUUCCAUGGGAAUUGCUGGUAUGUGCAGUGAUUGUUGGAUUUUUUGCUGUUUUCUUGUUUCUGUGGAGAAGCUUUCGAUCGGUUAGAAGCCGGCUUUAUGUGGAAAGAGAGAAAAAGCUUGCUGUGGAACUUUCUACACUAAUGGAAGAAAAAUGUAAACUACUUGAAAAAUUUAGCCUUGUACAAAAAGAGUAUGAAGGCUUAGAAUCAUUAAAGGAUUCCAGCUCUGAGAAGGAGUCAACAGAAGCUCAAAAUUUAGAGUUUGUUGAAGAAUCACAAAUAUCAGAGGCAAUCUGUGAAAAGCUGAACAGUUCCAAAUCUGAAUGUGAGGAUGAAAUAGACUUUCUAGAAAAGGAGUUAAAGGAAGAGAAAUCUAAACAUUCUGAACAAGAUGAAUUGAUGGUGGAUAUUUCGAAAAGGAUACAGUCCUUAGAAGAUGAAUCAAAAUCACUCAAAUCACAAGUAGCUGAAGCCAAAACAACCUUCAAAAUAUUUCAAAUGAAUGAAGAACGACUUAAGAUAGCUAUAAAAGAUGCUUUGAGUGAAAAUUCCCAACUUCAGGAAAGCCAGAAACAGCUUUUACAAGAAGCUGAAGAAUGGAAAGAACAAGUGAGUGAACUUAAUAAACAGAAAAUAACAUUUGAAGACUCCAGAGUACAUGCAAAACAAGUUCUAUGUGAUAAAGAAAAUCAGAUCAAGUCUCUGACUGAACGCUUGCUAAAAAUGCAAGAUUGGGCUGCUGUGCUUGGAGAAGACAUAACAGAUGAUAACUUGGAAUUGGAAGUGAAGAGCGAGUCAGAAAAUGGUGCACUCUCAGAUAAUGAACCAAAAGGGGCUUUGAGGAAGCUGAUUCAUGCUGCUAAGUUAAAGGCUUCUUUAAAAACCCUAGAAGGAGAAAGAAACCAAAUAUACACUCAAUUAACUGAAGUAGAUAAAACAAAGGAAGAUCUUACAGAGUGUAUUAAAAAUAUCCAGACUGAACAAGCAUGUUUGCAGCCAGAAAAUGAACAUCUUGAAAAUGAGAAUCAAAAGCUUCAGCACAAACUUAAAGUAAUGACUGAACUAUAUCAAGAAAAUGAAAUGACACUUCAUAGGAAAUUAACAGUAGAAGAAAAUUACCGGUUAGAGAAAGAGGAAAAACUUUCUAAAGCAGAUGAAAAGAUCAGCCAUGCAGCUGAAGAGCUGGAGACCUAUAGAAAGCGAACCAAAGAUCUUGAAGAAGAAUUGGAGAGAACCAUUCGUUCUUAUCAGGGGCAGAUUAUUUCUCAUGAGAAAAAAGCACAUGAUAAUUGGUUGGCAGCUCGGACUGCUGAAAGAAACCUCAAUGAUUUAAAGAAAGAAAAUUCUUACCUCAGACAAAAAUUAACUGAAACAGAGAUUAAAUUUGAACUUUUAGAAAAAGAUCCUUAUGCAGUUGAUGUUCCAAAUACAGCAUUUGGCAGAGAGCAUUCCCCAUAUGGUCCCUCACCAUUGGGUCGACCUUCAUCUGAAACGAGAGCUUUUCUCUCCCCUCCACCUUUGUUGGAGGGUCCACUCAGACUCUCACCUUUGCUUCCAGGGGGAGGAGGAAGAGGCUCAAGAGGCCCAGGGAAUCCUCAGGACCAUCUGAUUACUAAUGAAAGAGGAAAAUCAAGCUACGAUAAGUCAGCUGAUCCUCACAGGGAACCUUCUGACACUGGGUCCCUUUCACCUCCAUGGGAACAUGAUCGUAGGAUGAUGAUUCCUUCAUCCGGCCAACCUUAUUCUGAUCCAGCUCUUCCUCCACAAAGGCAAGACAGAUUUUAUUCUAAUACUGGUAGACUCUCUGGACCCGCAGAACUCAGAAGUUUUAAUAUGCCAUCACUGGAUAAAGCAGAUGGGCCAAAGUCUUCAGAAAUGGAAUCCAGUGGAAAUGAUAGCAAAGACGAUCUUGGUAAUUUAAAUGUGCCUGAUGCAUCUCUCCCCACCAAAAGUGAAGCAGCUGGCCCUGGCUUUGCUCCUCCAGUCAGAGGCCCAUUGUUUCCAAUGGAUGCAAGGGGCCCGUACCUGAGAAGAGGCCCUCCUUUUCCUCCACUUCCGGGAAGCAUGUAUGGCGCUUCCCAUGAUUAUUUUCCUCCAGGAGACUUUCCCGGUCCACCACCACCUCCAUUUGCAAUGAGAAAUGUCUACUCACCGAGAGCUUUUCCUCAUUAUCUUCCCCCAAGAGCUGGAUUUUUCCCUCCACCCCCUUCCUCACAUCCUGAAAGUAGAAGUGAGGUCCCAUCAGGGUUGAGUCCACCUUCAAAUGAGCCUACUACUGAGUGAACAUCCAGAACCACAAGAAACUUGACAAUAUUUUUGGUCUCUCUUCAAAAGCAAUUAUUUUUCUUUAUUUUAUUUUUUUAAUUAAAACAAUUGGGGUGACAUAAGAUUAUAUAGGUUUCAAGUGUACAUUUCUAUGAUACAUGACUAUCAAAAGUAAUUUUGAUUUCUCUCAUUUUCAGUUUAAGUAACAGCUGUUACUUAAGUGACUAUACUUAUGCUCAAAUUGGAGCUUAUGGAACUACAUUCUCAGGAUAGUAUUUUGUAAAUAAAGAUGAUUUAAAUAUGAAUUUCAUGAGUAAAUUAUUUCCAUUUUAUUUUAUUCUACAUAGUAUAAUUAUUUUAAUUUGGUUAACGAAUCCACUAUCACAUAAACAAUAAUGGGAGUUUCCUUUAUGUGAUCUUGCAAUUGGGGAUGUUUUAAACCCCAAAGGCUGUGUCUUUAUGCCAAGAAUUGCAUUUACUGUGGUUACAGACAAAUGUGAAAGUAAGUUAUACUUCAUUAAAUAAAUUUUAAUUGAUUUAAAGACUUGUUUGACAUUGAUAAUAAAGUCAGCUAGUUUUUUCAUAA